AUGAUCACAGCGCUGGCAAGCGGCGAUGAGCUUGUCCUCGUGGGCACGGCCGCCGGCGAAAUGCUCUGCGUCAACUACUUUGAGCCGACGACCAAGGACGCUGUCGACCUCUUCGACUGCAUCGAGUGGAGGCAGCAUGUGACGCUGGCUGCCAUCACGUGCGUGGCGAAGGCUGGCAACGAGGUGCUAGCAGGCAGCGCGGAUGGCACCGUCGUGCUCUUGGACGCGGACACGGGCGUCGAGCUCCGGCGGUAUGCCAUGGAGGGUGCUGUCGUCGCGGCCACGUGGCACCACAAGGUGUUUCUCGUCAGCGACCACGUCGGCAAUGUGCUCGGCGUCGACAAGUUUCGCCUUCGGUGGAAGAAGCGCAUGGACAUGGGCGGCGCGCCCGUGCACGUGCAGAGCAUGGCGUCAGUGCGACUGCUCGACGCGGAGAACCAGCUUUGCGCCUACGUCGCUAUGAGCUUGGGUGGCUUGGAGCUUCUCUUGACCCACGAAGGCCACGUCCUCUGUCGCCUUCCAAGCCCCACGGUCAUCACAUCGAUCGUCCCGACGAUCGACGGCGGCCGUGUCUUCUGCGGUGGCGCCAACGGGACACUGUACGAGCUCAUUAGCGUCGGCAAGGGCUCUGCCCUCGCGCUGCAGCUGUGCAGCGUGGCCACCGUGCCGUUCGCCAUCUCAUCGCUGCACAUGACAGCGACAUCCGUUCUUCUCGCGGGCUCGACCGCGCCGGUGCUCUAUUCGAUCACCUUGGCGUCCAUGGCGGCCACGGCCAUCUCGACACCACAAGCACCUGCGUUCGUCGCGCAGCUUCCAUCGUCGGAGGAGCAUGCGACUGCGAUGCUGCUCGUGCUGGACGACCAAGAAACGCUGUGCAAAGUCGCGGUGCCAAGCAACGACGUUGAUGCCAAGGUCGAAGCGAGUGCCUAA